AUGGGGAGUGCCAAGCUAUCCUUACUUGUCUUUCUUCAACUUCUGCUUGUUCUUUCUGCCUUUGAAAAGGCCUGCGCACAAGGCUUGAAACUCGGCUUCUACCAGCAUUCUUGUCCAGCAGCAGAAAAUGUCAUUAAAAAGACAACAUCUAAGUACAUUUCUCGAUUUCCAACUCUUGCUGCAGCUUUUCUAAGAAUGCAUUUUCAUGACUGUUUCGUCAGGGGAUGUGAUGGUUCUGUUCUAUUGAACUCAACAAGGAACAACCAAGCAGAGAAAGCAGCCAUUCCCAAUCUAAGCCUAACAGGGUUUAAUGUCAUUGAUGCUGCAAAAUCUGAAGUGGAAAAGAUAUGCCCCGGUGUUGUUUCAUGUUCUGAUAUCUUGACUUUGGUAGCUAGAGAUGCUGUAUCCAUGAUUAAUGGACCCUAUUGGGAUGUUCCAACCGGCAGAAGAGAUGGAAAUGUUUCAUUAGCUGUAGAGGCUUUAAUCAAUUUACCUCCUCCUUUUGCUAACAUAACAACACUUAAAUCAAUGUUCGCCGCAAAGGGUUUAAAUGCUAAAGACUUGGUUGUUUUAUCAGGAGGACAUACCAUUGGAAGGGCUGCUUGUGCUGCCUUCAACAACCGCUUGUACAAUUUCACUGGCAAAGGAGAUGCAGAUCCCUCAUUGGAUCCAAAUUAUGCUGUCAAUUUGAGGAAAAAAUGUGGACCUACUGAUUUUAGCACAACAGUCGAAAUGGACCCUGGCAACUACAAAACAUUCGAUGAAGAUUACUACACCCUUGUAGCCAAAAGAAGAGGCUUAUUCCAAUCUGAUUCAGCUCUCCUCAAUGAUCCUAACACAAAGGCCUAUGUUAAAUUACAGGCAACCACACAUGGAUCCACUUUUGCUAAGGAUUUUGCUGAGUCUAUGGUCAAGAUGGGCAACAUUGGUGUUCUUACUGGCAAGGCCGGACAAAUCAGGAAGCAUUGUGCUUUUGUUAAUUGAUCGGUGUGUUAUUUUUUUUAAUUCAUUUAUUUUUUCUCUUUUUGUUUCAAUUGUUUUCUAGUUAUUUUUCUAUUAAAUAAGCAAGUUUAUAUAUGGUUUCUGAGUGAAUAAUUUUGUAAUAAUUGAUGCUCUAAAGUAACUGCUGCCACAAUGGGUUGCGAGGUGUAAUAUGUAAUGUGGCAUGGUCAAGAAUAAGCAAA